AUGAGCCCCUACCGCCUGGUCUAUGGUAAAGCGUGCCACUUACCGGUGGAGGUUGAGCACCGAGCUUAUUGGGCAAUCAAGGCCACAAAUUGCGACCUUACAACCGCGGGGAAGCACAAAGCCUUGCAAAUGGAAGAGCUCGAUGAAUUACGCAACGAGGCGUACGAGAAUGCAAGGAUCUACAAAGAUAAAGUCAAAAGGUUGCAUGAUAGCCGUAUUGUGCCCAAGCAUCUCAAACCCGGCAUGAAAGUUCUUUUGUUCAACUCAAGGUUGAAACUCUUCCCGGGCAAGCUCAAGUCUCGUUGGAGUGGCCCUUUCAUUCUUAAAGAGAUUCUCCCUCAUGGCGCUGUGAUACUAAGCAAAGAGAACAACGAAGAGACGUUUACCGUCAACGGGCAUAGGGUGAAGCCUUACUUGGCGCAUGAAGUGGUUGCCGUUGUAGUGGAGUCCCAAGCACUCCACGACCCAACGUUUUGA